CAUUUUUAUGUUUUCGAAUUUUCGAGCAUGCCCGGCUUUACAGCACGUUGGUUACUAUUUCUGCUCACGUUUUAGUGUAAUUCUAUGCUAAGUUCAACCAAUUGCUGUCUUAAUGAUGGACAAAAUAUUCAAAGAAUACGAAUGGGACGAUGAUAAAGAGUCCUCUUUCAAUUUCGCCAAACAAAAGGUUUUGAAAAAUCCGAAAAACAAAAAUAAAUCAACCCGAGAGGAAAACGGUUCCGAACCAGGAAAAUUUGUCCGCGCACCUCCUCCUAUCGAAGAACAGACUGAAUCACCGGAAAUCACAAAUGGCAAGUCUAAAAAAAGGAAACGAACUUUAUCGGAACCGACGGGGGCACAGCCACAAAACGAAAAUGGGACCAAAUCUAAGAAAGGCAAAAAACAAAAGGGCACUGAAAAGUUGAAUCAAUCUCUUCCAAGUAAGGCCGCGGAAAACGGUUCCCCAGAAAUUGAAAAACCGAGCUCAUUUCGGGAUCGAUUGAUGGAUAGCUUAAAGGGGUCCCGGUUUCGGUUUCUGAAUGAGCAGCUGUACCGAACCACCGGUGAGGAAGCACGCAAAAUGUUUCAAGAAGAUCCUGGAGCAUUCCAAGCCUAUCACGAUGGGUACCGGCACCAGAUAGCUCAGUGGGCCAUGAACCCACUGGAUCGAAUCAUUAAGGCGUUUCAAAAAAUUCCUGAGGACCACAUAGUUGCCGACUUCGGAUGUGGCGAGGCUCGCCUAGCCGAAUCGAUUCCCCACAAAGUUUAUUCGCUCGAUUUGGUGGCCUCCAACCGGAGUGUGAUAGCGUGUAAUAUGGCCAACACCCCGCUAGAAACAAACUCGAUAAACGUUGCCGUUUUCUGUCUAUCGCUGAUGGGAACCAACCUGAGAGAUUUCCUACUUGAGGCUAAUCGAGUUCUCAAAACAGGAGGCAUCCUAAAAGUGGCGGAGGUCUCGUCGCGUUUCGACAACGUGAAAGAGUUCAUCGAUUGCGUUCAGAAGUGCGGCUUUCUGCUGGAGAAUCAGGACCUGAAGCACAAGCUGUUCUACUUCUUCAAUUUCAAAAAGGUACGAACGGUGGAAAAGGCGUCGAUCAAAGGUAAACAUUUCAGUUUGAAACCCUGCUUGUACAAGAAGCGCUGAAUGGAGGAGGUAGAGAU